UCAAUUUUGAAGAUGGAAUUAGAGACCUGGGAAGAGAUUAUUCUACAACAUGAGGUGUGGAAAACUAAAAAAAUUGCACAUUAAUUAGUGUGAGACAAUCAAUGCAACAAAAGGGUUCAUCCUUAUUUAUCUUAUUUUUUCCCCUUCUGCAUGUAAUCCUUGUUUGAGUCCCUUACUAUUAAUUACAUGCCUCAAAUAAUUACCAAAGAACAAGGCAUACAAGUCCCAGCAGCUCCUGCUGGCUAUCAAAGUGGUUAUGCUGCUCGUCUUGUAGCGCGCAACUACCAGUCAUCGCAUCUUGAGCACCAUCCAUUCUUUGUUUUGUGUUGUUUUAUUUUUUUUUGAAGGAAAACGGCGUCCUUUGCUAUUAAUAUAGCGGUAUUCUAAUCCCUUUAAUACUAUCCCAGAAGCUUUACUCCUAUUGUUUCUUCACUAAAUUCCUAUUGGCAACUUCGUUCCCUAUGGCUGACUCUGAACAUUCUUCUUCUGAUGAAACUUCUGUGUAUUCGAGAGGUACGAUACUGUUGACACUCACUUUUGUGGUCUCUCCUUCUUUACCUACACAGCUUGUUGGUAAAAAUAUCAACGAGGAAACAAGUCAGGAAUCAAAGCUUGAAUUCUCUGAGGAUGAGGAGGCACUUAUAAUUAGGAUGUUUAAUCUAGUUGGAGAGAGGUGGUCUCUGAUUGCCGGAAGGAUUCCUGGAAGAACAGCUGAGGAAAUAGAGAAGUACUGGAACACUAGAUACUCUACAAGUGAAUGAAGCUGUAAAAGCAUAAGUUCUGCUUUCUUUACCUCUGCUAGAGCAAGUUCUGAGCCUGUCAUUCAUAAGCAGAAGAUGAUGGGCUAAGUUGAGUCUAGCUGUUCUGUAGCUAUGCUGUGUUUCAUGCAACUGUUGUCUUUGAUUGCUGAAGGAACUGCAACCAUUUAGUUGUUGCUAUUAGAUUAGUGUCCAUUGUGAAUAUCACCAUGUUUCUAAGCUUCCCUUUAAUUUUUUUUUAACUGUUUCUA